AUGAUUGUUGCAGGUUUUACUGGCCAACUUCGUGGUUGGUGGGACAAUUAUUUGACUGUCAAAGAAAGAGCAAUGGUUAUUAAUGCUCAAGCCACUGGCGAAGGAGUUGAUAACUUAGGCAUGGCCCUAGUGGCAAAUAGAGAAGAUGUUGUUUAUACUCUUAUUCUUACUAUAUUAGAACACUUCAACGAUAGAUUUACCAACCAGAAUGAGACUGUCCGUACUCUCCUUAAUGGCCUUAGAUGUAAGACCUUAGGUGAUUUUAGAUGGUAUAAAGACACUUUUAUGAGUAGAGUGAUGGAACUACCAGAAAAUAAGCUCGAUCAUUGGAAAACUAAGUUUAUAGAUGGCCUUCCCUCUUUAUUUGCUGAAAGAGUUAGGAAGAUUUUAAGAGGUAGUUAUGGUGAAAUUCCAUACAGAGACUAUACUUAUGGUAAGUUGAUAGGAAUUUGCACAGAGGAAGGGUUAAACUUGUGCAAUGAAUUAAGAUUGUCCAGGCAGCUUAAAAUGGAUAAGCUUAAGGAAAGAAACCAAUUAGGGGACUUUUUCACCCAGUUCGGUUUACCCGGGUUACCCGAGAUUUCUACUCAUAAGAAGAAGAAACAUAAGUAUCAUAGAUACCCCAACCAAGACAGUCCUUAUAGGAGAAAGAGAUCUAGAUAUAGAUCCAAAGAAGAACGAGAAGCUAAGAAAGCCCAUCGUAAGGCUACUAGAUUUACCAAAAAUAGGUCUAAGAGAGAUCUAGCUGACAUUAAGUGUUACAAGUGUGGUAAAUUUGGCCAUAUAGCCCCGAAUUGUAAGCUUCAAAAGCUGAAAACCUUAGGACUAGACGAUGAGUUACGUGAUAAGGUUUAUGGUUUGUUAUACACUUCUGGAUCAGAAUCUGAUUAUUAUUCUGAGUCAGAAUUCGAAGCUAAAAUAGAUUUACUUGACUUAUCUGAUAGUGAUAAAAAUGUUGAUAAUACUUGUACAACUUGCAAAGUGGAGCAGAUGUUAGCUGCAUUCAAGAAGGAAAAGAUCAAAAUGAUUUCCGAAAAUAUUGCUAUUGAUAUUUGUGCAGAACAUCCCAGUGCUUUUUGGAAUAGAAAAAAGCAUAUUGUCACUCUGCCUUAUGAAGAUAAUUUCUCUGAGGAUGAUAUUCCUACUAAACCUCGACCUUGUCAGAUGAACACGGAAUUAGUGGAAUUCUGCAAAAAAGAGAUUGAUAACUUGUUACAAAAGGAAGUCGGAUUCACCGAAGAACAAGUCCCGUGCUUAUACAGGACCUUUUACAACAACUUUUGGGAUAAACUAAUGAAAAAGGAUCCCAAAACAAAGACAUUAUAUGGUCAAGAACUCUUGGAUUCCAUCAAAGCAAAAAUCCAAGAAUAUUUCAGCAAACCUCAGAAAGAGGUGAUUGAUGGCAGCUCAGUACGGCAUAUUGCCAGAAAGAUCUCCUUUCAGGAAGGAGAUAAAGAAGAAUGA